AUGACAGAGUCCACGGGAGAGCUCAAGACGAUGCUGCAGGCGCUCCUGAAGCGCUUCGACGAGACCACGCUUGCGGGCGACAAGCAGCGCGAGGCCCAUAUCGCGUUCAACACGCAAGUCUUCGCGGAUCUGGCGCACAUCCGCAAGCAGCUGGACCUCACCCCAACCAAUGCGACCGAGCUUCACGUCUUCCUCGGCCUCACCGGCUACUAUCGCAAGUUCAUCGCACACUACGGCAUCAUCGCCAAGCCGCUCACAAGCUUGCUGACCAAGAAGGGCUUCGAGUGGACGGAGAAAGCGCAGGUGGUGUUCGAUCUCCUCAAGCGCGCAAUGGUGACCGCGCCCGUGCUCACACUCCCAGAUUUCGCGCGCCCGUUCGCGAUCGAGACGGACGCGUGCGACACAGGCGUCGGCGCGGUGCUGGCGCAGGAAGGGCACCCGGUGGCGUUCUCAGCAAGGCCUUGGGCGUGCGCAAUCAGAGGCUGUCGGCAUAUGAGGAGUUCAUCGUCGUCAUGA